AUGGCACUGAGCAAGCCUUCUGGAGCUCACUUUCAGCACUCCCGACGAAACAAGUUGGCUGAAGAGAAAGCGCAAGGAAUCCGCCUUGGCUCCUUUCUACAGUCAUUAAAAAAAUCAUUCGUCUCCGUAGGCUUCAACAGAUGGAAGAAAGCCGUAGAGAAGUUCAGGCUUCAUGAAAAAUCCGACAGUCACUUAAAUAGCAUCCUGUGCUGGAACUCUUACAAAAAAUGCAAAUCUGCUGGUGAACUGCUAGAUGAGAAUCACGAGACGUGUGUCGUUUUGAGAGAAGAAAAACGAAAAAGAAACCGAGAACUUUUACAGCGUUUUGUUGACGUUGUAAUUCUACUCGCGAAGAGUGGCAGGCCCUUUAGAGGCCAUAACGAAAGCGAGGAAAGCACAGAAAAAGGUUUGUUCCUAGAGAUCAUUAAUCUCUUGAAGCAAUAUGAUACUGUCUUGCAAGAUCACCUUGAUUCUGGACCGAAAAAUGCUUUGUACACCACCAAUAGAACACAGAACGAUCUCAUUGAGGCACUGCAUGCUGCGAUGAUGCAAUCGAUUAUUCACUGCCUGGAAGGCAAAACUGUGUCUCUCAUAUGCGAUGAGACUAGUGACUGUGGACACCACGAGCAGUUGCCUGUUGUAAUAAGGUACUUUAGUGAGGAGAAUAACCGACCCGUAGAAAUGUUCACCACUAUAGAGCGACUUCUUAGUGUUGACAGCAGCUCAAUAUUCUCUGCACUGGAGCGAGUUCUAGGUGUUCUCAAAAUCACGUGGACACCAGUGAACUCUGUUUGCUUCGAUGGCGCUGCUGCCAUGUCAGGGCACAUUUCAGGGGUGCAAGCCAAAUGCAAAGAGAAAAACAACAGAAUAUUAUACGUCCAUUGUUACGCUCACUGUUUGAAUCUGGCUCUCGUUGAUGCCUGUUUGUCAAGGGCCGAGAACAAAAUUCUUUUUGAUUUCUUUGGCACCUUGCAGCUAGCAUACAACUUCAUAGAAUCUAGCCCAGUGCGUCACGCAAUUUUCGAGCACACAUCUUCGGCGUUAGGCACCGGUCUAACGACGCUAAAACCUUUGUCCACAACCAGAUGGGCUUGCCGGGCAGAAGCCGUCAAAGCAAUGCGGGAUAACUACUGCGCCUUGGUAGACGCCGUAGAGGAAAUCGUGGAAAACACGCAGCAUUCGGAAACGCGAGCAAAAGCAAAAGGACUUCUCGCGCAACUGGAAAGCUUCGAGUUUCAAUUCUGUACGGAAAAGGCCCAUCCUGUGCUGCAGAUGGUCCUCAAGGUUAGCCGCAUGCUCCAGGACCCAAAAAUAAAUCUUAUUACUGCGUUCCAGGGAGUGAAAAAUCUCCAAGAAGCUCUCAAGGAAAUGAGGCUGGACCAGAGUGCAUUUACAAAGGUGUUUCAAGGUGCCACAGAGAUAUGCCAGACACGCGAGAUCAGUAUUCCUGCUGUGAGAUAGAGGAAAGUGUCUAGACGCGCAGACGUGAACUUCGCCAGUCAGUUUUUUCACGAAACAAAGGCGGAAGAACUCCGCGUCAGCGUUUUUUACCCCAUGCUUGAUGCUUUCGUUGAAGGAAUUGAGACAAGAUUCACGCA